GCGUAGGGUGUACUCCUGAGAGGUUGAGAGGAGAGGAGAUGGGGACGGCGGCGGCGGUGCUAGCGCUCGUGCCGCUGCUAUGCUGGGCGGUGGUGCACGCGUCGCACGUCGUCUACCCGGAGCUCCAGUCGCUGGAGGCCAAGGAGGUCAUCACGGAGCUGCGCACCGGCUACCACUUCCAGCCCCCCAAGCACUGGAUCAACGAUCCCAAUGGGCCAAUGUACUACAAGGGGCUGUACCACCUCUUCUACCAGUACAACCCCAAGGGCGCCGUGUGGGGGAACAUCAUCUGGGCGCACUCCGUCUCCACCGACCUCAUCCACUGGGUGGCCCUCCAGCCCGCCAUCUACCCGACCAAGCCCUUCGACGUCAACGGCUGCUGGUCGGGCUCCGCCACGUUGCUGCCCAACGGCGUCCCCGUCAUCAUGUACACCGGCAUCGACCCCCACAAGAACCAGGUGCAGAACGUCGCGUACCCGGCCAACCUCUCCGACCCCUUCCUCCGCGAGUGGGUCAAGCCCGAGUACAACCCCAUCAUCACCCCUGACCACGGCAUCAACGCGAGCGCGUUCCGUGAUCCCACGACAGCGUGGUACGGACCCGACGGACACUGGAGGUUGGUGGUGGGCACCAAGGAGAACAUGAGGGGGAUCGCGGUGUUGUACCGGAGCCGAGACUUCAAGAAGUGGGUCAAGGCGCGCCACUCGUUGCACGCGGGACUCACAGGAAUGUGGGAAUGCCCCGACUUCUUCCCUGUGGCGGUGGCCGGAGGCAGCCGUCACCACCAGAGCGGUGUGGACACCGCGGAGUUGCACGAUCGUGUUGUGGCCGAGGAGGUCAAGUACGUGCUCAAGGUGAGCCUAGAACUGACACGAUACGAUUACUACACCGUUGGCACCUACGACCACGACAAGGAGAGGUACACCCCUGACCCCGCCUUCCCGGACAAUGACUACGGCCUCCGCUACGACUAUGGCGACUUCUACGCCUCCAAGUCCUUCUUCGACCCGGCCAAGAAACGACGAGUGCUCUGGGGCUGGGCCAAUGAGUCUGACACCGUUACCGACGACCGCCACAAGGGCUGGGCCGGCAUCCAGGCGAUACCAAGGAAGAUCUUCCUGUCGCGAAGCGGGAGACAACUGAUCCAAUGGCCAGUGGAGGAGGUCAAGUCGCUGCGCUCAAAGCAUGUCAAUGUCAGCAACAAGGCCGUCAAGGGCGGCGAGUACUUCGAGGUCACCGGCUUCAAAUCCGUGCAGUCGGACGUGGAGACGGCGUUUACCAUCAGGAACCUGGACAAGGCGGAGAAGUUCGACCCGGCGUGGCGGACCGACGCACAGGGGCUCUGCAAGAAGUUCAACUCGCACGUCAAGGGCGGCGUUGGGCCGUUCGGGCUCUGGCUGCUGGCCUCCGACGACCUCGAGGAGAGGACGGCCGUCUUCUUCAGGGUGUUCAAGACCAACGACACCAAUUACGUCGUCCUCAUGUGUAAUGACCCGACAAGGUCGUCAUACGAGUCGCAGAUCUACAGGCCGACCUUUGCCGGCUUUGUCAACGUCGACAUAGCCAAGACCAAGAAGAUCGCGCUGAGGACAUUGAUUGACCAUUCUGUGGUGGAGAGCUUCGGGGCCGGCGGAAAGACGUGCAUCCUGACGAGGGUUUACCCGAGGAAGGCCAUCGGGGACGACGCGCACCUCUUCGUCUUCAACAACGGCGAGUCGGACAUCAAGGUCACCAACCUGCACGCGUGGGAGAUGAAGACCCCCACGAUGAACAAGCUGCUGGAGCAGUAGUAGCCCGGACGAUCGAGGAGUAGAAGUAGCCUAGCCUAGCCGUAGCUAGCUAGCUUAUUAGUUUCGCCGAGAUGGAUCAAUUAGGAGAGGCUGAAGUUAAAAAUGCAGUUGUACACUUGCUGCCCACGGAUGGGGUGAAUAAAGGUUUUAGUGGAUGAGUCCAUUUUCGCCUUGAA